GAAAAUUUUGUACGCGAAGAUCAUUAUACCUUUGAGGAUGAUGUAAAGAUCUUGCUAUAACUUUGCGUCUGAAGUUGCGGUGCGCCGAAAAAAGUGACAGGACGGGAAAACUAAAAUAAAUGUGGCACAGUGUACACAGGAUGGGGAAAUGAACGCGGAGUUUAUUUCCGGAAACUCGUCCCAAAGCAAAUAACCCCUCGACGCAGGAGGACGCGCGGUCGCAGCAAGCCAGCAGGCAGGUGGCGUUGCGGAAACGAAACGCGGUUCACCCAUAAGCCGGAGUCAUUUUCGUGUCCCAAGUUGUGUCUUUCACUUUCUCGAUUCCGGUCGUGUUCUCCAUCGUCCCAGCGGGCGGCAUUUGUUGCGGAGGUGUAGUUUGAGGCAGUUCCUCUACUGAGGUGAAGACAGACCACGCACGGCUUGUUCCGGCAGUGGAAACAAGAUAUUGGAACAGUCUGCGGUUCUUCCACCCUGUUCAGGGUUCUUCGGGCAGUAGGACGAGCUCGUCGAAGCAGUCAGGCCGGCGUCGCGACCGGGGCGAGUGAAAUUCACGUACAGAGAUUUUGGUACUAACAGGACGAACUUUGAUCUUUCCUGGUACAGCAUCGCUACCGCUUCCGAAAGAGCCACGCCGUGAGGAUUCCGUUUGCCGUGAUACGUCGAGCAUAAGCCUGGUCUAGUACUCCGUGGUACGUGCAACGGUGUGUGACGUCGGCGUUAAACUUUGUUCUGAAGGUGAGGUGUCCAAGUUGAACACGGAAUAGCAUUAAUUUGCCCCGGAAGAUAGUACAGAUACAACUAGAUCUGCGGCUCCAGGAGGUUCUCGUCGUCUCACUUGCUCGACGUCAAAAUGGACCGCAUACACCUGACCAACAAAACGCGGCCGAAGGCCCCGGCUAAGGCACAGCAUAUCAACUGCAAAUAUUUGUCUGGGUCUGGAAGAACGCAGCUACAGCUUGUUAUGCAAAGUCUCGACCUUGUUGCAGGAUCAGGAGGGCCAAAACUUUGCCCAAGUCUUGCUGGGCAACAAAAGGCGGAUUUUCAUUUCUCAUGCCGAAGAGGCAGAGGGAAUAUCUCGCAAAAUCUCUGUUGCUCCUUCUGCGUGUAUUUUUCCAGACUAUGUGUCUGGUCCGUGAGCUGCAUGACUCUUCCAAACCCACAGCAAAGAUAUUUGCAGUGGAUACAGCACCGCAACAUACCAAACCUGGAGGAGUCUUUCUGGUCCCGAUCCUGGGGCGCCAGGAACAAGACGCACUGGUACGCCAGGAAUCUGAUGCGAAACGUUGCGUACUACUCGGAGUCCGCUCCAGACCAGGACCCCGAAAUGCACACCGCUGAAGAUGACGCCUUUGCCUUGGAAGAGGCCAAGAAUAACAAGAAAAAAAGGUACUUUACUUGUAUUCGAGCUUUACAAGAUGCGACGGCUGUAUCUAUGUGUUGAAAACAUGACCUACCUCUUCUUGUACAAACAGAAGAAUUUAGGAAGAACAGACUUUCUUACCGACCACGAGCAAAAAGUAGAUAAGUAAAACAGAACUUCUGCAGUAGUUCCAGUUGUAGACUCUAUGCAACUCUGAAACUAGUACAGGAUGAACCCGCUAGCCGGCGAUUUCCCGGAUGAAAGCGAGGCGGAGGUGCGAUUAUUAGGGAAGAAAGAGAAAGUCGUGAACUACAUACGGGACUCCCACCUGGUGAACGCCGACGGCACCAAGGAUCCCAGCACCCUAGAGCACGCAAAUAUCGCCGGUACUACCUAUGUGAAGCUGUUGAGCUCGUUUUUCGUAGUUGUAGAAGUUGUAGUACUGUUUUCAUAUUCUUUCAUCAUUGGGCGGUCUUGCUGUUGACUGUUGUGAAGGAAAUUGGUACUUCGAAAAGGAUUGGUACUUCGAAAAGGUAGAAUUUUUCACACGAAGAUUUUUGCAUGUGCAUGCUGUUCAUCGCGUCCCCGAGCCAAAAAGUGCGUCAGAGAAAGAAUAAUAGAUAAGUACCCAUCAGGUCCGGAGAACUUGGCGGCCACAGAGCACCAGACCAGGAAGGGGCAGGUGAUCUACGGCAAGAUAAAGUACCAACUAAGAAAUUUCCAGCAGGCCCAGAUUCCCAACCGGUGGCAGACCGAAAAGCACGACGAACUGAUGGAAAAGCUGCACUUGGAAAAGAACGCCAUGACGGCAAGCACCUCGCAAUUACAGACCGAUACGAAAAACUUGCUUAGGGAAAAAUACAACCUGGAACUGGCCAUGGUAUGGAUUGGACUUUAGAAGAUGACAUGAUCCAUGAUGUUGUUCCAGUAUGAUUUGUUGAAAGUGACCAAAAUAAAGACGUACCUGCAACAAACUAUCGUGGUCCUCGGGUUUUUAUAAAAAAACAACAUCUUCUUUCAUCACCAUCCAACAUGACACCAGCCCCGCAGAAGAACGGACCGCGAGCUGCUGGGUAUGAGCGCCAUAGACAAAAUGAAGAUAAGAACUGAAGUAUGACAGUGCACAACCCCCGCCCCUUUCCCUCAUUUUUCAUGCAAAGCCCCAAAUCCAACUCCAAGUGCUUCCCUCUGGCACUGUUUGCAUGACAGUGACAGAUUUCGGAAGCCCAAACAGUACUACUACACCAGGCGCAUGAGUUUGUCAUGCACAGGCUCCACGUGUGCUGGUGGUGGUGUUUGUAUUGAUGUUCAUGCAAUACAAGUGAAGGGGGGGGGGAUUGUGUACUCUCAUAUGAAGAGGACAAGGCAAUGGCGGAAUGGGUGAAGAAUUUCGGAAUCGCUGAGCAAGCAUCAAACGAAAGCCUCACGAAGCUCAGGAAAUGCCUGUACUUGCUACGAUGAUUUAGAUUUUGGACGUAGCAAUGUUGCUUUAAGACAUAUACAAUUCUUGCAGCUCAUGCUCAGGUGCAUUUGCUUCUGCGUCACUUGUUCUGACAGUGCUUUUCAUUCGAACAAUCAUGGUCAUGGAGCAAGUAUUCAUUAAAGUUCAUGGGAGAAAUUUUAUGGCAAGCAAUGUACUACAUCAGACUGGAGCUAACUGACAUGAAGCACAUAGCUCGGGAGUCGCAGCUGGUCCGCACGCAGAAACUAACGGAGGCGCUGAGCUACACCAGAUCCGGCAAGUUGAUACGGCUUCUGAUCCGAGUAUGGAAGUGUCAGAAUCGAAAUUGACAAAAUCGAACAAUUUGUGAUGCACAAAAUCGAUACCAGUUGAAGCCUCAGUUUUCAAGUGGCGCAUGGCAAAUUUCGGGAGCAUCAAAAUCCAGUUUGUCAUGCUGUUUGGGCAAAGGAGACUGCUCCUGUCGUGCUACUCUGGCAGCGCAUCGCCUUCCUCUAAACAGGCUUGCAAUCGGUCUCAUUUGCCUGCUCCCCAACACAGGCCACGCGUGCCCUACAUUUUACGCAUGACAAGUUUUUCGAUUUCGUCGAUUUCGAUCCUGACACUCCCAUACCGAGAGCUGAUCACGCUGGAUUGCGCCGACAUACUAGAAAGAGUAAACAACAGCCUGCAGGUAUAGCAAUGAUGUACGUAGUACAACUUGAAUACAUUUUUAUUUCAAAGAAACAAUUUUUUGCAUGCAGGAGCCCGCCGGGUUUCUUUUCGUCUAGGACACGACCCCGAGGGCUGUAGUUAUGCUCUUUCUCAUUUUCUUCCAGUUGCAACAAGGUUGAGAACAUCAUAGCAGUGUUUUGUUCGUUCUUUCGCACAUGGAUACUUCUACUUCUUGCCUUGUUCUUGGACGUCGGUCAAACAUACAGCAAAGGCUUCUUCAUCGAAAGAAAAAAAAAAUCACACAGAUUGAGCUAUCGCUCCCGCUGAAGAAGGACCUGAUAGAGUACUGCCGGACCGAGAUGCAGUUCUUCGACGUCGAGCUACACCUCGCGCGACUCCGAAAGGUCUACCUCGGCAUCACCGGCUCGUGGGGCGGGCUCAAUAUCACGCAGAAAAGUACACAGUGACCCCCCCACGUGAAAAAGGAAUGAAUUUUGUGCGCCACCGAAAAUACUUUCGGUGAUGGUGCAAAGACCACAUCAAGAGAGGCAAUUUAUUCUAGAUCUUGCGUGAUGCACAACGCAGUCUGUUGUAAAUGUGAUGCUUGAUAGCGAUCAGAGUAAGACUGAACCCGUAAAGCGCCAGUAAGAAAUUUUAUCAUGCUCUUGAAGAACAGGAGCCAAAAACAAAAGGCGCUUCACGAAUUUCGAUUUUUUCUGCUUUGUUGGCUGUACUCUUCUGUAGGAUACAGAAAGAGCACUACAAACUCAACGCCGGGAUGCCAACAAAUAGGGCAGCGUCGCUAACCGCGCUGGUGGACGGGCCGACGAGAAGUACGUUUUAUUGUGACCACAAUUCUUUGAUAUUUAGAAUGUGAAUGUGUAAGAACUGUAGUACCAGUUCGUACUCGUCGUGAAAGUUAGUGGAGCUGCAUUUGACAGACUGCAUCAUGGGGGAGAUUAUCGAUCAGACACGACGUAAAAACAAGUCAACUUGCUAAUAUCCCUCUACUCAGGGUCGAUGGAAGCGAACUUCGACGCCAAUGCCGCUCCCGCGAUUCCCGCGCCGAGAAUACCGGAGCGGAAGCUCUCCCUUCGGGCCGAAAUCGCGCAUCUAGAGGAACAGAAGACCUUUUUGCUGGACCAAAUUUUGCACUACCGCGAAAAGUUCACGUCCACGAUAAUACGGAAGUACGUGCAGAAAAAAAACCGAGCGCUCCAGCCCGACGCGGACGCCAUGGCGGAAGGUAGAACCACUAUUAACUCCUGAUGGGAUAUUUAACAUAAGGAGGCAGAAGUAAAAUGAGUACAUGCCACGGUGGUCCCUUUGUCUUUUCGUUUCUGAUGUAGAAAAAGGUGCGAGGAAGUAGAGCCGAAUGCGGUCUUCACGGCAUUCAAUUUUUUUCUGUUUUAUGCAAAACGCAAAUACGAAAAGGUCUGCGUGUGCUCUCCGUGCUGACUUCCGAGCAGUACGUAUCCUGUGGAAAAACAUGCCCAUAACCCCAGCGUCAAGAUGGAAUGUUUCAGGAGUUGUCACGCGUGACAAGCUGCAGUCUGUAGUGUAGUUGUGCAGGUUAAGAAGAGCAGCCGCAUGACAAAGCCAUGUCCUUGUCCUGUUUACAGCAUUACGAAUUCCAUUAAGUGAAACGAGUCGUCUUUUAAUAAAUGCCUCCCAAGAUCAUGAGGAUGAGGACUUUUACAGAUGUUCCUGAAGUCGCAAAAUAUCUGUAGAUCGGUGGGAUGGGGACGUUUUUCUUCAGGAUAUCCCGCCCGCGAGGCGUUCACGGAGUACGACAAGAGGUGUGACCAGGUGGAGGACUCACAGAAAACGGUGGGGCCUUUGCUGAUUUCCCAGGACACGCUCCGCGACUUCCGAGCCAUAAACCGGACGAAGACCAUCAUGCGGGGGAACGAGGUCCGGUUGCCCUAUCCUGAGUAGAAACGUCCCCACCCCAUAGUUGUAAUGCAAAUCUGCAUGCUUAAAAUGGCUCUCAUGCGGAGACCCAUAAGAAGCAUUUUCUAGUCGUGUUUCGGAAUUUGUCAUGCUCCAAUAUAUAAGCACGAUAUGCUAGAUCUGUGAUGCUGCUGAACUAAAUUAACGGGUUUACACUAUGAGGCCAAAUUUGUCAUGCGCAACAGCCAAGUCUGGCUAUACUUGUCUAGCAGAUCACCCAUCGCGACUAUUGGGUGGAGACAUUUUUGCUCAGGAUAUUCCCGCGCCCGUCCCCAUCCCCGCGCCCAGGCCAAACUCGAGCCACACCGUCAUCCGACACGCGCACCGGGCGUGGCAGUGA